AUGAAAGGCGUCCACGGGGGCGCCAGGGCGACCAACGCGCAGGCGCCAGUGGUCGACAGGGUCGCCGAGGCAUUGGACUUGAACCAGCCAAGGCCCGCCGGGCUUCCACGGCCCGAGGGGGCCGCGGCGCAGGAGGGGCAGUCCGACCAGCCGCGGCGAGCCGAGCCCGAGGCGCAGCGAGCGCAGGGCACGGCAGCUGGCGCCGCGCCAGUCGCCGACGAGGGCGCGCGCGAUGUGGCGAUGCGCCACGACGACGCGGCCUACUACGAGGACGACAGCGGCGAGCAGCUCGGCAUGGGCCAGGUCCGCGAGGGCAUCGAGCGAGAGGCGAAGUUCAUGGUGUCGCUCGACAUCGGCGAGGUGGUCGAGCGCCCUCGCGGCAAGAAGCUCAGGGCCGCGCGAUUGCGCCACCGCAAGGAGGGCGACGGCGUCAGGAGCAGGUUCGUCGUGAAGCAGUUCAAGGAUGCGCAGGCAGGCGACUUCUUCGCCUGCGCCCCCCGCGCGGAGUCCGCGCGAGUGCUGAUGGCGGCGGCGCUGCUGCUCAAGCACAUCAUCGCGACGACGGACUUCAGCGUGGCUUUCAUGCACGUGCCAGUGGAGGAUGACCCCGAGAUCCAUGUGGAGAUGCCACCUGAGUGCGGCAUGGGUAACGGCUUCGCGGCGCUCAUGUUUCAGGAGCUCCUGGAGCGCGUCGUGGUUGGCCUUGGCUUCGAGGUGCGCAACGCCGAGCCCGCCGUCUACCGCCGCGGGGAGAAGGGCAUCAGGGUCGUUGUCCACGCGGACGAUCCUCUGGCCUCGGGCCCGACGCAGGGCGUGCUCGACGAGUUCUUCGACGAGCUGGCCAGGCACCUUCCGAUUACAGGCCGGCGCGUUCUGGGCCAGGCUCCCGGAAUCUACCUCGGCUCGCCGUUGCAGCGGCUCGGGGGCUUGAUCGUGGAGAAGAGCAAGCCUGGUUACGUGGGGGGCAUCCUCGAGGCCGCGGGGGCGCUGGGCUGCAAGGCCGCGGGCGCUGCGGGGACGAGGCCAGACCUCGCGCAGCCUGGAGCCGAGCAGCCGCUCAACGGCGAGGAGCACGCGGUGUGCCAGAGGCGCGAUGCGCCCGCUGAGCUUGGCAGGCAGCUGAGCGAGCCACACUCGGCGGACAUGAAGUGCCUGAAGCACCUCCUCCGCUACCUCAGCGGGGCGAUCGACCUGGCGAUGGUUCACCGCCCUUCGCGAGACUGGAAGUGUCUGCGAGGGGGCGCGGACUCGGACUGGGCUGGAUGCGGACUGCGCCACCUGGGGGUCGAAUGGCUUUGGCUCCAGCAGCUCGUCGGGUCGGGGCAGAUCCAGAUCCUGAAGGCGAAGGGCAUGGAGAACCCACCCGACGCCGGCGCGAAGUUCCAGGCAAGGCGAGUGAUUACACGUGCUGGUUGCCUGAUCUGCGCGAGGCGGCCCGCGCCAGUUGGCACGCCGCAGAUGUUUCACACCAGCGCCGAGGAGUCCGCGAUUCAUGCUCACGAGAGCUGCCGAGGCAGCGGGACCCGCGGGACCCCGUUCCCCGCCCCCCCGGGCGCCCAGGAGUGGAGCCGGCGCUGCGUGGAGGAGUUCUUUGCCCAGGGCGACCGCGAGAAGGCGCUCAAGCUGCAGCCGAUUCAGCUGUUCGACCGCGACAGGGCGCCGUCGCUCGCCAAGGGCCAGCUGGGCUUCCUCAACUUCGUGGUGAUGCCCACCUGGAAGACGAUGCGGCUGGUCCUCGGCGACGAGGGGGCGGCGCCUCUGGACGAGUGCCUGAGGGAGAACGUCUCCAUAUGGGAGGCGGAGGCUGCGCAAGAGAACGAGGAGCAGCCCGUGGGGUUGUCCGUGGCGGAGAAGAUGGGGAGCAGGGCCACCUCGCGAAGCGUGCACGACGUCGUCGCCCUCGCGUCCGCCGCCGCCGCCGCCGCCGGGGGCGCCUGAGUCGCGGCGCGGCAGGUUGCCAACAAGAGCAACCUGUCCAUCUGCGGGACGGGCGGGGGUUGCCAGUGAGAGCAGCCAGCCGGCCGCCGCCCCGAGGGCGCGAGUCCCCAGGCUUCCGUCAGCUUCCCCGCCGCUCUACCCUUUUGUUGAGCGCAAGCGGCCCUCAUCCUCCUCAUCCUGCUCUUUGCAUGCACUGAGAACUUCAGCGCGGAAGUUUCUGCGGGAGCUCGCCGGAACACAAGUUUCCGCUGGCCCACCAGUCCAUUUAGUGGCAGACCCGGCGUCGACUUACGAUUGGCCGUCGAGGCCUCGCCGAAAAAAAUGAUGUUGCACGUGCCCAAGGCGGGAAUAGCACGAUCCGUU